UCUCAUUGUUUACAUUCCUUCUUACACCUACAUUAUAGCCGAUCUCCAAGAAAUAAGUGUUCUUGCCCAGCGGUUGACGAGGGUUUUGGAUAUCGGGCCAAUCCCUGUUAGAUCGAUCUAUCACUCUAUCCUUGAUAGCAAUGGCCGAUCACGUCGAAGAGCGCGAAUCAAUUAUUGAGAAGAUCGUUGAGAAGAUUCACGACCACGAUUCGUCCUCGUCUUCUGACUCCGACGACGACAAGAAGCCUUCCGAUCAUUCUUCUUUCGAGGCCAAGGUGUUUCGUCUCUUUGGAAGAGAGAAACCUGUGCACAAGGUUUUGGGCGGCGGAAAAUCUGCUGAUGUUCUGCUAUGGAGAGACAGGAAAGUAUCAGCUACAGUGGUUGGCUUUGCCACAGCUGUAUGGGUUCUCUUUGAAUUGCUCGAGUAUCACUUGUUAACUCUUGCAUGCCAUGUAUUGAUAUUUCUCUUGGCAUCCCUUUUCUUGUGGGCCAAUGUUUCCACAUUUAUCAACAAGCCUGCACCAGAAAUUCCAGAAUUUCACAUUUCUGAUGACAUUAUUCUGGGGGUUGUUUCCACUCUGAGGAUUGAAAUCAACUUUGCUAUUGGUGUUCUCCGAGAUAUAUUAUCUGGAAGGGAUUUCAAGAAGUUUGUUGCUGUUGUUGCUGGCUUGUGGUUGAUCUCGGUUGUUGGUAGUUGGUCAAACUUUCUGACCUUGGCCUAUAUAGUGUUUGUGUUGCUGCAAACUGUGCCUUAUCUUUACGAAAAGCACGAGGAUCGCGUGGACCCAUUUGCUGAGAAAGCCUUUAUUGAGUUAAAAAAGCAAUAUGUGGUUUUCGAUGAGAAGGUUCUGAGUAAGAUCCCAAUAGGGCCCUUGAAAGGCAACAAGGCUGCCUAGGAGAGGAACAAACCUUGUGUGUUUGUGUGUUGUUCUUAAAUUUGCCUCAUGUUUUGGACAUGGUCUCCGUUUUUGGUGUCUGGUGUUUUAUUUUUCUUUUAAUUAAUAAUUAGUCUUCUUUUUUUAUAUUAGAGAGACCCUUUCUUAUUUUGACAUUCCUAUGGUCUAUUAAUGAUGGAAUGCUAGAUGACUGAUUAUCAAUUUGAGUUGUGGCUCUCUUUUUUGGGUAUUAUUAUUUACUGUUGUGGUUCAAGGUUAAUUUGAAAGGUU